AAAGCUGGAUAGAUGAACCUGAGUGUACGGUACGCUCGUCGCAGACGACGCACUGCGCAGCCAUUCAUCGACUCGAUUUUCGUCGAUAGGGAUGUCUCGUUUACUGUUUUCAUGUUUGAGUGGAGCAAAUGAUUUACACUUUAUAUGGAUUUGCAAUAUUUUUUUUCAUAUUUUGGUGUGCUAUGUGGUUGUUGCACAUAAUAGCAAUCUUUUACGGUAAAUACAGACUGCAUAGAAAGGUACCAUCUUUACCUAGUGAUGAACCUUAUCCAGGUGUCUCAAUUCUAAAGCCUCUAAUGGGAGUAGAUCCUCACUUAGUUUCAAAUUUAGAAUCCCUUUUCACUAUGACUUAUCCAGUGUUUGAAAUCUUGUUUUGCAUUGAGGAUGAGAAGGAUCCAGCAAUAGAUGUAGUCAAUGCUUUAAUUGAAAAAUACCCCAAAGUCCAUACUAAUAUUUUCAUUGGCGGAUCAACAGUUGGUGUUAAUCCAAAAAUUAACAACAUGAACAAAGCUUAUGAAGCUACUAGUUAUGAUUUAAUUCUCAUAUCAGAUAGUGGAAUAAGAAUGAGGGAAGAUACCUUACAAGAUAUGGUAGAACACUUGACUGAAAAAACUGGAAUUGUUCAUCAGAUGCCUUUCACAUCUGACAGAAAUGGAUUUGCAGCUACUUUGGAAAAGGUAUACUUUGGAACUGCUCAGUCUAGAAUGUAUUUGGCAGCAGACUGUCUGAGAGUGAAUUGUCACACAGGCAUGUCAACAUUGAUGAGGAAAGCAGUUCUAGAAGAGCAGGGAGGAUUGAAAACAUUUGGCUGCUACUUAGCUGAAGAUUUUUUUAUUGCAAAAUCUUUCAUAGAUAGAGGUUGGAAAACUGCUAUUAGUAGUCAGCCUGCUUUACAAAAUUCUGGUUUCUGUGAUGUAAAUAGUUUUCAAGCAAGACUCACAAGGUGGGCCAAAUUACGGGUGGCAAUGUUGCCAACUGUAAUCUUAUUCGAACCACUAUCCGAAUGCAUGGUGAUAGGCGGAUGUGCAGCUUGGGCGGCUAGUUUACUGUUCCAUUGGGAACCCUUAGUUUUUUAUUUAGUCCAUAUUUUAGCAUGGUUUCUAUGUGAUUGGAUCUUAUUGUCCACAGUACAAAAUGGUCCCUUACCCUUCAAGCGAUUCGACUUCAUCAUAGGCUGGUUGUUUCGGGAAUGUUCUGGACCAUAUCUCUUUCUCCUCGCUGUAGUUCAUCCUGAAAUUAGAUGGCGUAAUCGUAUUUUUAGGUUAACAUGGGGCGGAAUUGCCCAAGAAGUCAAGCCAAGGAUCAAGUGUUAAUUUUAUUUAUGUUUUGUGUCAUGCACGUGUAUCCAUAAGAAAUGUACUAUCUUUGUAAUCGUACAUUUUCGUUUUCAUUUCUUUUUACUAGCUAUAUUCAUCAGUUUGAGAAAACAUCACUUGAUUAUAACUAAAUUAUUUUUGUGCCACCUUAUUUAUAAGAAAGAUAUUUUUGUUUGUUUUAUUUAAUAAAAAUUGUUUUG